GAGCGCGCGAGCCGGCGGUCGCCGCAGAGCGCGGGGGGCGGAGCCGGAGCGCGGGGACCAGGCCAUGGCGGCCGCCGGGCGCUGGUGCCGGCGCUCGGCCCGGGAGCGCCUUUGUCGCCGCGAAGGAUGGUGACCUCACGGCUCGGGCCGCUUCCGCUGCCUCCGCCUCCCGAGACGCCGCAGCCGAGGCCGGACGCGGGAGAGCCGCCCCUGUGAGCCGCGCAUAACCGGGCCCCCCGCCGUCGGAACCGAAGAUCUCACCGGAGGGGCGGGAAUCGGAGCCGGGCAGCAGCGGACACCGCCAUCCCCAGUGCUGCCCCGCCGGCAGGGAGGCUGCGGCUCCAGAUCUGCUACAAGGAAACAAUCGAAAACCAAACAUGGCUGCGAAGGAGAAACUGGAGGCGGUGCUGAACGUGGCCUUGAGGGUGCCAAGCAUUAUGCUUCUGGAUGUCCUCUACCGGUGGGACGUCAGCUCCUUUUUCCAGCAGAUCCAAAGAAGCAGCCUCAGCAACAACCCUCUUUUCCAGUACAAGUACUUGGCUCUUAAUAUGCAUUAUGUAGGUUAUGUCUUAAGUGUUGUGCUCCUCACUUUGCCCAGGCAGCAUCUGGUGCAGCUUUAUUUGUAUUUUUUGACUGCCCUGCUCCUCUAUGCUGGACAUCAGAUAUCCAGGGACUAUGUAAGGAGUGAACUGGAGUCUGCCUAUGAAGGACCAAUGUAUUUAGAACCUCUCUCCAUGAAUCGCUUUACCACAGCCUUAAUAGGUCAGUUAGUGGUGUGUACCUUAUGCUCCUGUGUCAUGAAAACGAAGCAGAUCUGGCUCUUCUCGGCGCACAUGCUUCCUCUGCUGGCUCGACUCUGCCUCGUCCCUCUGGAGACCAUUGUCAUCAUCAACAAAUUCGCUAUGAUUUUUACAGGAUUGGAAGUCCUGUACUUUCUAGGGUCUAAUCUCUUAGUACCAUAUAACCUCGCUAAAUCUGCAUACAGGGAGUUAGUUCAGGUAGUGGAGGUGUACGGCCUUCUGGCCUUGGGAAUGUCCCUGUGGAACCAGCUGGUGGUCCCUGUGCUCUUCAUGGUCUUCUGGCUUGUUUUAUUUGCUCUUCAGAUCUACUCCUACUUCAGCACCCGAGAUCAGCCCGCAUCCCGGGAGAGGCUUCUCUUCCUUUUCCUGACAAGCAUUGCCGAGUGCUGCAGCACGCCCUACUCCCUUCUGGGCUUGGUCUUCACGGUAUCCUUUGUUGCCUUGGGAGUUCUGACCCUCUGUAAGUUCUACCUGCAGGGAUAUCGAGCCUUCAUGAAUGAUCCUGCCAUGAAUAGGGGGAUGACGGAAGGAGUGACUCUGCUGAUCCUGGCGGUGCAGACGGGGCUCAUAGAACUUCAGGUGGUUCACCGUGCAUUCCUGCUCAGCAUCAUCCUCUUCAUCGUUGUUGCCUCUAUCCUGCAGUCCAUGUUGGAGAUCGCAGAUCCGAUUGUUUUGGCACUGGGAGCAUCGAGAGACAAGAGUUUGUGGAAACACUUCCGUGCUGUGAGCCUCUGCUUGUUCCUCCUCGUGUUCCCUGCAUACAUGGCCUACAUGAUUUGCCAGUUCUUCCACAUGGACUUCUGGCUUCUCAUCAUCAUCUCCAGCAGCAUCCUUACCUCUCUGCAGGUUCUGGGAACACUUUUUAUUUACGUCUUAUUUAUGGUUGAGGAAUUCCGCAAAGAGCCCGUGGAAAACAUGGAUGAUGUCAUCUACUAUGUGAAUGGCACUUACCGCCUGCUGGAGUUUCUUGUGGCCCUCUGUGUGGUGGCCUACGGUGUCUCAGAGACCAUCUUUGGGGAGUGGACCGUAAUGGGCUCCAUGAUCAUCUUCAUCCAUUCCUAUUACAAUGUGUGGCUUCGUGCCCAGCUGGGCUGGAAGAGCUUCCUUCUCCGCAGGGACGCUGUGAAUAAGAUUAAGUCUCUCCCCAUCGCUACCCAAGAGCAGCUUGAGAAGCACAACGACAUCUGUGCCAUCUGUUACCAGGACAUGAAAUCUGCUGUGAUCACACCUUGCAGUCAUUUCUUCCAUGCAGGAUGUCUUAAGAAAUGGCUGUAUGUCCAGGAUACCUGCCCUCUGUGUCACUGCCAUCUCAAAAACUCCUCCCAGCUUCCAGGACUGGGGACGGAACAGGCUCCACAGCCUCCUGCAGGGCCUGAGCAGAAUGUUGUACUUCAGGAAGGUCCUGAACCCCCGGACCAUGAGAGUCCACCAGGGACCGGGACCCAGGAAGGUUCUGGGGACAAUAGCAAACACAUCGACAGAAGCUCAGCUAGCCAGGAGGGGGCUGCUGAUCCCGGAGAGGAUCCUCAGAUUCCAAAAGGUGAAGUGAGUCCUGUUGAGUCCUCCUAGAGGAAAAACAGGCUUGGAGCUCUGUACUGGGGAGAAGGCCACCCGAGGUGGAGUUCCCGCUCAGAUCUGAGGAGUGAAUGUAGGCGAGGAUUAGGUAGGAACCUGACAUUCCAAGGAUCUGCUCCAGGGGUACUCAGUGGACACCACCUGCUCUCACCCCACUUCAAGUUGUUGGAGAGGUUUUGCAAUGUACACUAAUCAAAAUGUAUUUAUAUGUUCUAUGCUGAUGUUUUGUAGAGGUUUGCCAAGAAAAUUUAACCUCAGCAACUUCAGGAAUGGCCCCUGAUUUGUAAGGGAUAAUGAAAUCAGGUCUGAGUGCUUGAAAGGGGCUAGGAGGAUGAAGAUCUGGAGGUUAGCAUGGGAAGAUGAAAGCAGAGGUGGACCUGGCUUUCCCUUUUCCAUGGGACAGGACCUGUCUGAUUGUAUAGUAUGGGUAAUGGCCAGCUCUUGUCUCUGCUCCCCUUUCCCUCAGUUGAUUAAAACCACCAAAUGAUUCUGGAGUUUUCUACAGAACCACAGUGAAAUCAAAGAUGUAGACGCACUGACUGUACUCUGAGAUGGAGGCGCACGCACGUCGGGAUGUGCCUGGAGGAGGGCGGGCGUGCACUGGGCCUUGCGGGUGCUCUUGUGUCGCCUGAGACUCUUGAACUUGAUGCUGGAGUUCUCGUUAUUUUGAUGUAUAUGGAACUUUUGUUAAUAUAUUGUAUACUUUGUUGGCUGUGUGAAGUAAACUAAAACUCUAAUGAACACUUUGGAGUCCACUUUAACAAAGGAGGCCAAAGUGGGAGGGGCUUUAGGGCACUGAUAAAGGCCCUGGGUGUACUGUCCAAUCUGUGUAAUGUUUAAUUCUCGCAACUGAAUCAAAAGCAGUGUUAAAUUAUGGCAAUGUUUGCAUUCUGGGAAUGAGUACUGAAUCGUACGACCCCACUCUGCAAACACCACUUUUGAAAGCUGUUAAUACACUUUGCACCCUUUCUUUGACAAGGAUGUGUCAUAUUUAAAUUUUUACAUUCAUCAUGGCUACAGGUAGAACUGGGGGGGAUGUAAUUUUUUUAUGGGAUUUUGAUAUGAAAAGAAAUUAGUCAUUUAUUUAUACAAUAAGCUUGGCUCAAAAAAAAAGUGUAUUUCAGACUUGGUAUUCCUACUGUGGGAUGUGGUUUUCCUUUGUUUUUAGUAGCAAAUUUGGAUGUAGACUGACAGACAUAUCUGAAUGUCUUAAUAAAUUUAAAUUUGAAGAUAA